UGGACCUGCUGACCGAGGAUCCGCGCUUCCUCUACCAAGUCGCAUUCAGCGGCGUGGCAAACCACAGCGAUUGGAUUCUAGGGGAGGCAGCGAGAGCGGCUGGAUACGGCUUCACGGCUCCGAAGCUCCCUCCCACGGGCCACAAACGGUUCGGAGAGCACUGGCUCAAGCCAGGAACCAAACUCGUGAAGUUGUUGAGCCGCAUGGCCGAGGAGAAGGAAAGCUCGCCCACUGCCCUCGUCAGCAUCCAUGCAAGCUCACAUCGGGACCUGGCAAAGUACAUGGAUGCCUAUGUGAAGAUCGCGCUUGCGCUGGAUGAGGAGUGAGGGUUGAAGGCGAGGCGCUUAUUGUACGGUAUGAGAUGGCGCUCGAGGAGAAAAGGGCGAGUUUAGCAAUGAAUGGAAAAGAUAGGCAGUACGAACUGGUAACUAACGAGGGUUGGUGUACAAGUGGGUGGAAGGCUGGUGUCAAGGCCUGAUCUCAUGCUAGGUAUGGAGACCCAUGCUAUGAGGGUGGGGCAGCAGGCUG